AUGCUGUUAUCUCCAGCACUGCCCGGAAUUAACGUCGCUCCCGAUGCUCUUGAGGCUCCGAAAAACAACAAGUACCCAAAAAGAGGUCUGCAAGCAUGGUCCGUCGUGUUGGGAGCUUGGUGCGUGAUGGUUCCGUCGAUGGGGCUAUUAAACAGUCUGGGCAUUCUGCAAGUCCAGGAAGAUGUUUGCAAGGACUGCCUGGCUGGUAUCAUAUGCUACGCCGUUUUCUUGAGCUUUUGGAGUGGUCCUGCUUUUAGCCUAACUCCGGUGUUUAUCUCUCAAAUGUGCGCAACCGAGGAUUGCGGGAAGCGAAACGGGACAACAUUCAUUAUUGUUAGUUUCGGCACGUUGGUAGGGAUUCCGAUUGUGGGUGCCAUCCAGGGACGGGGUGGUGGCGAAUAUGGGGGGCUUACUGCUUUCGGUGAAGGGCUUUAA